AUGUAUGCAGUGGCCCAGGCGGCGAUCGCCCGAAGUGGUUUUGCUUGUGUGUUUAGAGUUGUCACUGUCGAUGAGCCAUUUGUCGUUCUGAACUUGAUUGUACCAUGUAUUGUUGAUGGGAUGGCUUGUAACCGGAAGAGAGCAGGUCACCCUAGGAUCAUAACGUCUUCGUAUUUGUGCUUUACUAACGAGAACUCGAUUAUCCUUGUUACACUUUCCUUUCGGUCAUGGCUGAGUAGUGUCAACGGGAGGUUUAUGGUUCUGAGUGGCCAUAAUUUGUGUCCCGUGAAGCCGACGAGUGGAGCUCGGGUUGGUGGUCUUAGGCUUUUAUUCUAG